UGAUUGUACACGUAGCUAACGUUAGCUAGCGUUAACGUUAUAGCCAUACGUUACCUGGAUAACAGAAGCUAACGUUAGCUUGCUGCUUUAUCGACAGUUAGGUUUUUGUAUUAACGUUAGAAUGGGUGAGGAAACUAUCGACAACCCCAUCAACUCAUGUAGUGGACCCGUUAAAUACACAAAUGUUGAAGAAAACGGCGAAACAGGAGAAUGUGGUGUAAAAUAUUACACAUUAGAAGAAGUAAGAGCACAUAAUGUGAGCACUGACUCGUGGAUCAUCAUCCAUGAUAAAGUGUACGACAUAACCGGUUUCCUUGAAGAGCAUCCGGGAGGCGAGGAAGUUUUGCUGGAGCAGGCAGGUGCAGACGCAACAGAGAGUUUUGAGGAUGUGGGUCAUUCCACAGAUGCCAGGGAGAUGCUCCUGCAGUACUGCGUUGGGGAGAUUCACAUGGAUGACAGGAAAAAGGAGAACGCAAAGGAUGAAGAUGCAGCAAACUCAGGAGACUUCAGACGCUCCUGGACAGCGUGGUUGAUGCCAGCUGUUGUUGCAACAGUCGUUGCUGUCAUGUAUCGCUACUAUGUUUGAACACAAGUCUUCUUCAGUGCUGGCAACUUGUUUAUCCCAUUCUUUUCUUCUGGAUGCCUUGAAAUGUUUGACCAAAACCUCCUCACACUGGAAGUACACAGUUAGCAGUAUGUGUGUCCUCUGCAAGAAGAAGAGGUGAGCGGUUUGAUAAAGUUCUUUAGUCCUUGUCCCGUCUACAUAGAGUGCACCAGACAGACAGUUGGCCAGAGACUUUAAGUUAUCUGCCUUCAGUUUCUUUGUAUUACAUUGUCACUAUGCCUGUUGUCAUUAAUGUUUAAUGUUGUCUUUAACUUAAACUUCCAUUAUGCAUUUGACCCAUUUUAGUCUAUAUGUUAAUUACUUAUUUACUGCUCAGAGAAAGGUUACGUGAACAGCCUGGUAUACAAACACCAUUACACUGACGGACUAAAUGGAAACAUUAAAGAAGUUCUUAGUAAGCAGAAUGGUGAUGCCAUCAGGGUAAUAGUUAACCGUGACCAUUCUACUUUUUUACACUGAAUUAUAACUUCCAAUGCAUUUUGAGCAGUUUUUAGUGCUACCUUAAUGUUAAGAAAAAUCAGGAGCUUUUCAUUCACUACUUACUGCGCAAUCUUAGUUAAGCAUUUCUUUAUUGCAUGUAUCACUUGUUGUAAUGGUUGUAAAUGCAAAAAUCUUUCCAAUUAUGAAA